AUGUUGACGCUGCCACCCGACGCUCCCGGCUGCAUGCGCUCCCUGAGCCUGGCCCUCCGCUGCGGUGACCCGAUCUUCAUUGACGCGCUCGAUGCCGGCGAUCUGCUGUGGAAGCGGCUGGUGGAGCACAGCGCUGAUCUUGCUCGCAAGGGAUUGGAGCUCGAGUUCCAGGUCCGCCAGGCCCGCGGCCAGCUCACCCACCUCGUGUUCGUCGCCGAGGAGUACGGGGGCGACCUGUCGCACUUGCUGAAGAAGUUGGAGAAGGAGAAGGUCAAGGAUGAGGAGGACGAGGAGGAGGACGACCGGAUGGACGCUGGGGCCGAGCAGGAGUCGAAAGUGGAGGAGAACCGGGCCGUCAAGACCGAGGAGGUCAAGCCGAAAGUGAGCAAAGAGGAUUGCGUGUGCGGCCCUCACUUUGGACUGCUCGGCGACAUCUUCGAGUUCAUGGAGUACCUCGAGGAGCUGCAGACCUCCAUCAACGCCGUCUACGCGGCCAACCACCAGCUGCAGCACGACCUCGACGACGUCAACGAGCUGGUUGAAAUCGCCACCACGCACCUCGACAAGGCGAAGCGGUACAACGGCUGGCGGGACUACCUGCCCUUGCCGGAGUCGGCGCCCGUCCCGAACUUUGAGGUGCUGGCCGAGGAGGACAAGCCGGUGAAGCCGAAGACGUCGAAGACCAAGGUCAAGAAAUCCGAGAAGACCGAGAAGGACAAGAAGGCCGACGUCGCCAACGAGGGUCAAGAUCAGAAGACCGACGUCGCCAACGAGGGCAAGCCGGCUGAGCCCCCCAAGCUCGUCGAGUCCAAGACGGCCGACGUCGCCAACGAGGGCAAGAAGCCGGAUGCGACGCCUCCGAAGCCGGACGUCGCCAAGAUGGCCGAUGUCAGCAAGGAGCGCAAGUCGGCCGAGCCGGCCAAGCCCGCCGAGCCCGUCAAGUCCGCUGAGCCGAAGAAGGUCGACGAGAAGCCGAAGGUCGUCGAGCCGAAGAAGGCUGAAGCCCUCCCAGCUGCCGCCGCCACGAAGCGCCCCUCCCAGACGGCCGUCGCCGCCGCCGCGAAGCGCCCAUCCGACACGGCCGUCGCUGCUCAGGACGCCAAGAAGGCCAAGAAGGAAGGCGACGCCGCC